GUAUUAAAUGACAUACUUAUAAAUAACAAUGUUAAUUAUGAUUACUUUGAUAGUUUAAAAAAAACACGGCGGCUAACCGUUGUGUUUUAGCGCAGUUAUUUUCAAAUUCUGCACAGUGUAGUAAGGCAAAAUUUUACAGUCAUGUUGGACAAAAAUAUAUUAAUAUUGAUUAUAUCACUCAUAUCGGUGGUUGCAAUAAAUGGCAUACCCAUAGAAAAUUCAGAAGCCAAUGACACUCCGAAAACUGAGGAUACGAGUCCGCAAAAAUCUAAUGAAACCGACCCUGGAAAUACAUCACCUGAUGAUGCAUCAUCUCCUAGUAUUCCUGCAUCAACAAAAACUAUUGCACCAACUGAGCCUAAAGCAGACAAAGACAACAAGCCGCGACCGAUCUUGGUCUUAUAUUCUCCACGCACAGAGACAACUACUCCCACGCCUACAUCAACUCCUACGCAGAGACCGAUCUUGAUCAUAUUGCCCUCAACAACAACUACACCUUCCACUGCAACACCUACCACUGCAACACCUGCCACUGCAACACCUACCACUCCAACACCUACCACUGCAACACCAUCAACUGCUGAUCCAUCAACUACCAUUACACCACGACCGAUCUUCAUCUUCUAUUCUCCAAACACAACUACAUCUACUGCUCCACCAACUACUGAUACAACUACCACUAGUCCUGUAUCAUCUACUACUCCUGUAACAUCUUCUACUACUGUAUCAACUACUACCACUACUUCACCGAGUCCACACGGAACUGCUAAGCCAAAGAAUUUCCUACGUGGUUACAACUGCCCACAGCGAAACGGCUUCUUCCGAUAUCCUGACUCAUGUGAUGUGUAUAUUGUGUGCGAGGAUUAUAUACCGUUUACCUACAUUUGUCCUGAUGGUCUUCAAUUUAAUCCUAAAGCGAAAGAGCACGACUAUGUUUGUGACGUUCCUUCAGUGGUGAAAUGCAAACCCAAGGAAACGAAACAAUCCAGCAAAGUCCGUCCUAUUUUGAUCUUAAACUCCUUCCGCACCACAGCGCGUCCCAACUUGAUGCAAGGCUACAGUUGCCCGAGCAGGCAGGGCUUCUUCAGUUAUCCUGGAUCAUGUGACUCAUACAUUAAGUGCGAGGUUGACACACCGUAUAGGUACACAUGCCCACAGGGUCUUCACUUCAAGCCCGAUGCCAUGUGGACGGAAUAUCCUUGCAUUGAACCUUCUGUGGCCAGAUGUGAAAAUGGCCCCUGGGAAUAUUGAUUAUAUAACAUCACAGCAAA